AUGCAAAAUACUUUACAUUUAACAUCAAAAGUUAUUAUAAAAGCAAAGGUAGUAAUUUUAAUAACAAUAAUAAAACAACUUGAACCAAUUACAAAAGAAAAUCGUUAUUGUCGAGACGAAGAAAAUUUUGUUGAAAUUGAUAUUAAUCAACUUAGACAAAAAAUCGAUGAAAUACAACAAAAACUUGAACAAUUUACUCAAAAAGAUACAAAUAAAAUUAUCAUUGUUGAUAAUGAUCAAAUUGAUUGA